AUGGCGGGGCAGAACGCGGGUGUUGAUCUGUUCGAUUCAUAUUUCCGGCGAGCAGAUUUGGAUGGUGACGGUCAGAUCAGUGGUGCUGAAGCCGUUGCUUUCUUCCAAGGUUCCGGCCUGCCCAAGCAAGUUCUUGCCCAGGUGUGGAUGUAUGCUGACCAGAGAAAAGCUGGAUACCUUGGCCGACAAGAAUUCUAUAAUGCUCUCAAACUUGUUACUGUGGCUCAAAGUAAACGGGACCUGACCCCUGAUUUAGUGAGGGCUGCAUUGUAUGGUGCGGCAUCUUCUAAAAUCCCAGCUCCUCAGAUUAAUCUUGCUGCCACACCUGCUCCUAAAGCGGCAGCCCCUGUUUCACAGUUUGUUGGCUCAACAUCAGCUGUAUCUCAGAAUGCUGGGAUCAGACCAGCUCAGCUGCCUGCAAAUGCACAGAUGAACCGGCAAUACUUCCCAUCUCAGCAAAACCAGUUUAUGAGACCACAGCAGGGCGUGCCUCCCAACUCUAUGUCCCACCAACAACAGCCUGUUCCUGGCCAAGGUAUUACUAACCCGCCUGCCGCUCGCCCAUUAGUUUCAGGUAACUCAACCAAUUGGCUAAGUGGAAGCACGGGUGCGCCAACAUCUCUAACUCCAAAUCGAGGGACCAAUUCGAGUGCAAGACAAGAUGGAGUCAUGUUAUCAGCUUCUGGGAUGACAACCUCUGUUCAACCUAGACCACUGGUGCCCACUGGGCAGUUACCUUCUUCUCAACCACAAUUUCAAGGCACAGCCACAUUCUCGAAGCCACCUGUAUCUAUAGAGCCUAAAGCAUUGAACGUUUCGGAGAAUGGAUUUAAGAUCUCUUCAUCAUCUUCCUCUUCUGCCAACAGCUCUGGUGUUUCUUCAGCGUCUUCAGUUAAGCCAAGUGCCGUUGAAUCGUCGCCGAAUAAUGUUUCUCAGCAAGUUGUUGGUGGUCAGCAAACAGGAAAACCAAACCAAACAGUUUCAGGUCAAGUUACUAAUGCACGUCCCUUGGGCGUGUUUCCUGUUGCAGAAGGAAAUGUGGGUUCUGGUCAAUCGCACAAUGCCUGGCCAAGGAUGAUCCAAGCUGAUAUCCAGAAGUAUUUGAAAGUGUUUCUACAAGUAGAUACGGAUAGAGAUGGAAAGAUCACUGGUGAACAGGCACGCAAUCUCUUCUUAAGCUGGAGGCUUCCAAGAGAGGUCUUGAAACAGGUCUGGGAUUUAUCUGAUCAAGACAAUGAUAGCAUGCUUUCUGCAAAGGAGUUUUGUGUUGCACUCUAUUUGAUGGAACGAUACAGAGAAGGUCGUCCUCUUCCUGUUAGCCUUCCAAGCUCGGUCAUUUCUGAUGAAGCUCUGUUGUCUGCUACUAGCCGCCCUGCUGCUUCCCAUGCUGGUGGCGCUUGGGGACCUGGCCCUGGUCCUCGACAACCACAAGUGAUGCCUGGUGCGCGUCCAACGCAUGCUGGCGCACCAAGGCCACCACGCCCACCCUCUGCUCCUCAUGCUGAAGAAAAACAGCCUACUCAGCCAAAGCCCAAAGUUCCAGUGCUGGAAAAGCAUCUUGUGGAUCAACUUAGCCAAGAGGAGCAGGACUCUUUGAACUCGAAAUUCCAAGAGGCAUAUCAGGCAGAUAAACAGGUUGAAGAGCUGGAAAAGGAAAUUUCAGAAUCCAGACAGAAGAUUGACUUCUAUCGUGCUAAGAUGCAAGAACUGAUUUUAUAUAAGAGCCGCUGUGAUAAUCGCCUUAACGAGGUCAUAGAAAGGGUGGCUGCAGAUAAACACGAGGUUGAAGCAUUAGCCAAGAAGUAUGAAGAGAAAUACAAGCAGGCUGGAGAUGUAGCCUCUAGAUUAACCAUUGAGGAGGCUACCUUUCGCGACAUUCAGGAGAAGAAAAUGGAAAUCUAUCGUGCAAUUGUUAAAAUUGAAGAAGGGGGGACUGCUGAGGGUGCACUUAAGGAGCGAGCCGACCAUAUCCAUUCUAGUCUAGAAGAACUAGUGAAGAGUUUGAAUGAACGCUGCAAACAAUAUGGAUUACGUUCUAAACCUAUGUCGCUGGUUGAACUUCCAUUUGGCUGGCAGCCUGGAAUACAAGAAGGAGCGGCUGAUUGGGAUGAAGACUGGGAUAAGUUUGAAGAUGAAGGAUUUCUGUUUGUCAAAGAACUGACUACAGAGGCACAGAAUGUUGUGGCUCCUCCAAAACCAAAAUCAGUUCGAAAGGAGAAAACAACAGCCUCUGAAGGUGGUUUUAGCGUUUCUCCAUCAAAUGCUGAAGCCAAGUUGGAGAAGAUUUCUGGUGGUGGUGAAUCGGUUUCUGAUAAAGAAUCAGUAGCAAAUGGUCAAAGUGAGAAUGGUAAGGGGGCAAGAAGUCCUCCAGAGAGUCCAACUCAGAAGAGUGGAGCAGAAAACGAAACUCAUGAAGUCAAAGGGAGUGCUGGUGCUGACAGUUCACCCCAUGCUAGGGGAAUGCCAGCUGACGUGGCUGAUACUGCUAGUGUAUUUUCUGGUGACAAAAGUGUGGAUGAACCUGCUUGGGGUAGAUUUGACAGCCAUUAUGAUAGUGAAUCAAUUUGGGGAGCUGAAUCUCUCAGUGGCAAGGAAGCCGAUCUUGAAAGCCAUCCAGACAGUUCUAUAUAUGACAUUGGUGACUUUGGUCUGAAUCCAAUAAAGACAGGAGCUGUCCAGGGAAAGAGCCCGUUCAUGUUUGAUUCUGUUCCUAGCUCCCCUGCUUAUAAUAACCAAGGGAAUUAUAACUCCUAUACUUUUGAUUCUGUUCCAAGCACUCCUGCUUAUAACCAAGGAAAGAGCUCGUUUGGGUUUGAUUCCGUACCUGGAACCCCUGCUUCAUAUAACCAAGGCAAGAGCUCGUUUGGGUUCGAUUCUGUGCCUGGAACCCCUGCAUACAAUCAAGGGAAAAGCUCUAUCAUGUUCGAUUCAGUUCCUAGUACCCCUGCCCAUAAUCAGCACGGAAUGAGCUCAUUUGGGUUAGCUGAUUCUGUUCCAAGCACCCCUGCUUAUGACCUAGGGAGGAAAAGCGCAUUCUCCUCAUUUGCUGAUUCUGUCCCAGGCACACCCGCCAACAAUUUUGGGUCAGAAGAUCACUCCUUUGACAGCUUCUCCAGGUUCGAUUCGUUCAAUUUGAAUGAAAGUAGUAGCUCGUUCACAUCUUCAGCAGGCCCUUCUCUUGCAAGGUUUGAUUCAGUCAGAAGCACGAGAGACUCUGACCAAGGGUAUGGGUUACCAUCAAGGUUUGAUUCAUUCAGAGAAUCUGGGGACUCGGAUCUUGGCAAUGGGUUCUCGAGGUUCGAUUCGUUCAGAGACUCCGACCAGAGUCAAGGAUUCCCGUCGAGGUUUGAUUCAUUCAGGGACUCCGACCACAGCCAAGGAUUCCCGUCAAGGUACGACUCUUUCAAGGAUUCGGGGGAUUCUGAUCAAGGUCGAGGGUUUUCGAGGUUUGAUUCGUUUGGUGGUGGUCAUGACUCUGGGUUCGAUUCUGGGCAUGAGUCCAAGGACCAUGGUUUCUCAUCAUUCGAUUCAGAUCCAUUUGGGUCUAGUGGACCAUUUAGGUCGUCCUUGGAUGGUGGUUCGACACCGUCGAAAAGAAGUUCUGAUGAGUGGAAGGCCUUCUGA